AUGCAUUUAUUCGAACGAGCAGCUUACGAGCCCCUCCCAGCGGAGGAGAAGCUCGUUGAUCAAGAAGAUACCUCGUUCAAAAUCAAAUCUUCAAGAUGGAGCAAGAAAUACAUUGUCCUCAUUGUUACUUUUGUAUCUCUGUUCGCCCUCCUGCCUCUGCUAGUACGUGCGAAAGUAUGGACGACAUCAGUCAUGGAGGAGCCAGUUGAGAAUUCCAAAAAGUUGAACGAUUACCUAGCAAGAGCAAGUGGAGAUCAAUAUCUUCUUGGUGUGGGUAAAGGUGAUAUCACGGGACCUGUCGUAGAACUAAAUUUCAUGGGUUAUGCUAGUUUGUCCCAAAUCGGUACUGGACUCCGGCAGAGAAUCUAUUCCCGAUCUUUCAUUAUUGGGAAUAAAGACACGCCGACUGAUCGGUUUGUGUACUUGGUCCUCGAUACUCAAUCCGGAGAUACGGCGAUCCGCAAUGGAAUUCUUGACGGCCUGGCCGCCUUGGGAGGCAAUUACUCAAUGUACACCCAGAGCAACGUUGCUGUGACUGGUACACACCAGCAUUCUGGGCCUGGAGCUUGGUUGAAUUACCUUCUACCUCAGAUCACUUCCCUUGGUUUCUCCCCGCAAAGCUACCAAGCAAUUGUGGACGGCGCUGUGCUUUCCAUCCAGAGAGCACAUGAAAGUUUGACCCCUGGCUACCUUGAUUUUGCCGACACCACGGUAUCAGAUGCCAACAUUAAUCGAAGUCUUUGGGCAUAUCUUGCAAACCCAGCAUCAGAGCGAGCACAAUACAGUGAUGACGUUGACAAAACUAUCACAAUGUUACGCUUCAAACGUGCAUCGGAUGGUUUGAAUACAGGAGUUCUUGCAUGGCACAGUGUUCAUGGAACGUCCAUGUUGGAGAAUAACACCCACGUAACUGGAGAUAACAAAGGCCUCAGUUCGUACUUGUUUGAACAAGCUAUGUUGACCGAUUCCACUGCCGCGCCAGGGUUUGUCGCUGCCUUCAGUCAGAGUAGCGUGGGCGACACUACUCCAAAUGUGUUGGGGGCAUAUUGCGAUGAUGGUUCAGGUCAGAUGUGCACUUUGGAGAAUAGUACCUGCGGCGGAAAAAGUGAAUCGUGCCAUGGCAGGGGUCCCGAAUUCCAAAAGCUGGAUCUUGGGGUUUCUAGUUGUUAUGAAAUUGGACGCAGGGUAUAUGCAGCUGCGAAGUCACUCUAUGACUCUUUUGAUAGUGUUGCUACGGCUGUCACUGACCCAAGUGUCAAAGCGUAUCAUCUCUUCAACAACAUGACAUACUACAAUUUCACACUUCCAAACGGUACAGUCGCGCAGACAUGCCCAGCAGCUAUGGGUUAUUCUUUCGCCGCUGGUACUAGUGAUGGCCCUGGUGCAUUCGACUUCACUCAAAGCGACAACGAUACCAACGCUCAAAACCCACUUUGGGUGAUUGUCUCCUCUGUCAUCAAAGCCCCCACUGCACAGCAAAAGGCCUGCCAAAGCCCCAAGCCCGUCCUCUUAGAUGUCGGUGAGCUCGACACUCCAUACGCAUGGUCUCCCAACAUCGUAGACGUACAAAGUCUCCGCGUCGGCCAGUUAAUCAUGAUCAUCGUGCCUGGCGAAGCAACGACCAUGUCGGGCCGCCGAUGGAAGUCAGCCAUCGCAGCCGCUGCUACGAAUGCCUCAAUCACAACUACCACACCGAAAGUCGUACUCGGCGGACCAGCUAACACGUAUGCGCAUUACUUGACCACGAGAGAAGAAUACGGCGUCCAGCGUUACGAGGGCGCUUCUACUCUCUUCGGCCCUAAUGAACUCGACGCGUACAUCUAUCUCUCAACAAGCAAUCUCAAAUACCUAGCUGCAGACUCCACCUCACAGCCAGACCCCGGCCCUUCACCGCCCGACAACCGCAAAAACUCCCUCGAUCUAAUCGCUGGCGUAGUGUACGACUCCCCAAAACUGGGCUCCUCCUUUGGCGAUAUCAUAACACAACCCAACGCCUCCUACCCCAUCGGCUCCGUCAUAAACGCGACAUUCGUCGGGGCCAACCCGCGCAACAAUCUGAAAUUAGAGGGCACGUAUGCAGCAGUUGAGGGCCUGGAGAACGGGACCUGGACGACGGUCAGAGAUGACGCGGAUUGGUUCUUGGUGUAUACGUGGAGCAGGGAUGAUAGCUUGACGGGGACGAGCCAUGUGGUUAUUAGCUGGGAGACGGAGAGUUAUGCUGUGCCGGGCACGUAUCGCAUUAGGUAUAAUGGGGAUUCGAAGAAUGUGCUGGGGACGAUAUCGGCGUUUACGGGGGUUAGUGGGAAUUUUACGCUGAGUUGA